UAAUCACAGAAGCCUUCAAUCUUUUCACCAGCGUUCAUGAACCUUAAACCGUAUAAAUACCCCAUUCACCCUUUUCGGCUCUCCACCUCAACGCUCUCUGUUUUCCUUCUUCUUCUUCUUCUUCUCUGCUUGCUUUUCACGAGCCCUUUAAAAGUACUCAAAAUGAUGUUCGGUGAUAACAAUGCUGAUUUUGCUCUUCUUGAAUCUAUUCAACGGUACUUGCUCGACGAUUUUGAUGCUCCGGUUUUGGGGUUGGGGGAGAAUUGGGGGGAAUGGACUGUGCCUUCACCUGCAGAGUACAAUUCACCGGACUCCGGCGACUUUAGUGGAAGCUCCGGGUGGUUGUCGUGGGUCGACGAGGAGGAGACACCCUCACCCGUGGUCAAGAAAGAGCCCGAAACAAUGGGUUUCCAUGAGUUUCCGGCGAUUUUGGAUUUCACGGCGGUGCCUCCUCCGAAAGUGGAGGUGUCGCCGGCGCCACCACUAGUUGAGAAGCGCUACAGGGGAGUGAGGAGGCGGCCCUGGGGAAAGUUCGCGGCGGAGAUAAGGGACCCAGCCAAGAACGGCGCCCGGGUGUGGCUGGGGACAUACGAGACGGCGGAGGACGCGGCGGUGGCCUACGACAGGGCGGCGUUCCGCCUGCGAGGAGCUCGUGCCUUGCUGAAUUUCCCGCUUAGAAUCAACUCCGGCGAACCAGAGCCGGUUAGAAUCACAACCAAGAAGAGACUGGCGGCUUCAACGGAUUAUUGCUCCUCCACCUCGUCUUCAUCCUCCUCGACAUCAUCGGAAAAUGUGUCAUGUAAGAGGAGGAAGACGGCGGCUCAAGUGGUGGAGCAAUCAGUUGUACAAAGUUCUACAUCUUUUCAUCUGCAAUAA